UCGGCAGUGACGUGUAGAGUCCGCGACGCUCCCGGCGAGCCGAGCCGGUGAAGUGGGGGAGUCGGCUCGCUGGACCGAGCCCCGGGGCCAUGGCCUCGGCCGGGGUGGCCGCUGGGCGACAGGCCGAGGAUGCGUUACCGCCACCGGCCGACCCGCCGCUGACCGAGACCAAGCCGUUGCCGCCGCCGCAGCUGCCGCCACCGGUGGCCGCGCCCCAGCCGCAGCAGUCGCCGGCGCCCCGCCCCCAGAGCCCCGCCAGCAUGAAGGAGGAGGAGAACUACUCCUUCCUGCCGUUGGUUCACAACAUCAUCAAAUGCAUGGAUAAGGACAGCCCGGACGUCCACCAGGACCUGAACGCCCUCAAGGCCAAGUUCCAGGAGCUGCGCAAGCUGGUGGGCGCCAUGCCCGGCAUCCACCUGAGCCCCGAGCAGCAGCAGCAGCAGCUGCACAGCCUCCGCGAGCAAGUGCGCACCAAGAACGCGCUGCUGCAGAAGUACAAGAGCCUCUGCAUGUUCGAGAUCCCCAAGGACUAGGGGGGGCGGGGAGGCAGGGGGCGCCACGGGGGGGGGGGGGCGGGGGCGCCGCGGGAGGGGCAGGGGGCGCCGCGGGCCCUGCUGCUCGCUUGGUGAGCGGUCCUGCUGGGGGCUCUGUAGUAAUCCUGUGUCUGCUAAUGACUCGUGUGCCUGGGGGGGGGGGGUCAGAAUGUUCCUGGAGGCUGUGGGGGGAGCAUGUGCUGUGUCAGCCCCCAGUGCUGCUGAAGAGCCCAGUAGGAGGGGGGGCGGCUCCUCUGGCCGCCUGGGGCCCUGCUAGGAUCAGUGUGCCAGGUACAGACUGUUCCCGUCAGGAGACAUUUGCAUAGAAUUCACCGGGAAUUAGGCCUGCAUGGGUUUAAUGUGAUUGAAGGAGGCUGUGGGAGUAGGAGGCUGCAGGCCAGGGCGGGCUGUCUCCCCUCCCCAUGCUUCCUUUGAUGUGUGAGAAGGGGGGAGCCCUGCGGGCCGCCCGCCCUGUGCCUCUUGUUCUUCUCCUGCCUGUGCCUGACGGGGCCCACACUCUUCCCCGGGAGGGGACCGGGCGUGCUUCCUGUCUUCCUGUCGUCCCCCCCCGCCCCCCGACUCGCCUGGUCCUGGUUAGCAGAAGCUUCUCACCCCGCUGGCCCUCUGUCACCACCCGAGAAGACCCCCUGGAGAUGGGCGCCUCCCACCUUGUUGGCAGGAGUGCCAGUGCGGUGCAGGUGUUUGUGGCUGGGGUUCCAGCUCUAGGGGAGAGGGGGAGCGCCUGGCCCGGGAGGCAGCGGGGGAGCGGGAAGGAGGCCUGGUGACCGUGGCGGGGACAGAGGGGACCAGGUCUACCGGGGAACCACUGUCCUAUGGAGUCGGUGAUCCUCUCGGCAUCUCAGAGCAGAGGGCGGCGGCUCCAAGGCUCUGAUCUGGUACCGGAAAGCACAGGAAAGCAUGGGGGUGGGGGCAGAGUGGUCUUCAGCUGCUGUGGUCCACAGGGUGUUAACACCCUGGCCUGAGGCGCCGGCACCCCAUGUGGUUUGAGUCCUGGCUGCUCCACUUACCAUCCAGCUCUCUGCUGUGGCCUGGGGAGGCAGUAGAAGAUGGCCCAAGUCCUUGGGCCCCUGCAUCUGCAUGGGAGACCUGGAGGAAGCUCCUGGCUCCUGGCUUCGGAUCGGCUCAGCUCCAGCCGUUGCGGCCAUUUGGGGAGUGAACCAUCGGAUGGGAGACCUCUCUCUCUGUGUCUCUACCUCUCUGUAACUCUGUCUUUCAAAUAAAUAAAAUAUUAAAAAAAAAAAAAA